CUGGCAGCGCCCCGCCGCCCGCGGCAGCCUCCCUCAGGCGCCGGCCGGGUGGCCGCCCCGUGGCCGGCAGGGGGCGCCGCCGCCGCCCCGUCCCGCAGGCCGCGGCCAUGUCGGAGCUGGCGCUGGAAGAGCUCUCCGCUCUCGCCGCCAUCUACUGCGAGCCGGACGCCUGCGAGGUGUUGGCGGUCUCAGAGACGCAUGGAAUCACAUUUAGAAUUCAAAUCGGCGUGAAAGAACUGCUGGAUACAGAUGUACUUUUAAAGCUGUUAUUUCAUUUACCAGUCAAUUAUCCAUCAGUUCUACCAGAUAUUUCUGUUAACUCAGACCAGCUUACAAGAGCCCAAUGUACGGAUGUGAAAGAUAAAUUACUUGAACAAGCAAAGAAGCAUCUUUCUGAACCCAUGGUACAUGAUCUGAUCCUUUGGAUACAGCAGCACCUUAAAGAUGUCAUUAAGCAAUCAGCAACAGUUUGCAAUGAAAAAACUACUUUGUCAAAAGGAGCAAGUACAGAGGAUCAUAUCUGGAUGCUCCUUUUGCAUUUAGAUCACAUGAGAGCAAAGGCAAAAUACGUCAAAACUGUGGAAAAAUGGGCUUCAGAUCUAAGGCUGACUGGAAGACUGAUGUUCAUGGGCAAGAUAAUAUUGAUUCUUCUUCAGGGCGACAGGAGCAACAUUAAGGAGUACUUGAUUCUUCAGAAAACUUCCAAGGUAGAUGUGGACUCAAGCGGAAAGAAAUGCAAAGAGAAAAUGAUUAGUAUACUGUGUGAGGCAAAAGUACAGUCACAGCAUAAAAGGUUUCAGGCGUUUGAAGUCAAAGAAUAUUCAACACUGGAUGAGCUACAAAAGGAAUUUGAAACAGCAGGACUUACAACUCUUUUCUCUGAGUUUGUGCCUCCUCUCUUAAAGUAAAAUUAAAAGAAAAUGCUGGACCUUUGACCAAAGCAGCAGUUGAUUGCAGAUGCCGAUGGAAGAUGAAAGGACUAUUUUGGCAAACAACAUUAAAGCUUUUCUCCAAAAAAUGCCAGAAGUAGCCAUCCUCUUGCAAGAAGGAGAAGGGAAUUCAUCGAUUAAGAAUUGAUAACUUGUUGACAUUUAUGUAUUGCUCACUUUUUCCAAGGAAUGUGGAGUUAAUUGUGAUUAUUGCAUGGCAAGCGUGAGAGAUUGGGAAGAAAUCAUGUUAAAAUAAUAGUCUUCUAGUUAGACUCUGUUUUGCGAUCCUUGUGUUUCAGUGUUUUGGUUUUUCUCUCUCAUGGUAGUGUUUUUUCGUAAUGGCUUGCUAGAAAGCAUGAUUAAUUUUGCUUUGAAAGCUUAUGUGCAGAUAUUUCUAUAAAAAGCCUAGCAAACAGAUUUGAAUAUGUGAGGACAGCAUAUACUUAAUAUCCCUUAGGAGUUCAUCUGCUAACUUUUCCUUCUCCAUUUAUUUUACUAUAAAUGCUAGACUGUUGAUUUAAAGAAAACGCUCAUGUCACUUGAGGCCUGAAAAAACAGAAGUGUCUUUUUGAAUGUUAGUUUUUAUUCUAAAAUGUAUAAAAACACCCAAGUGGAGAGUUUAAUUUAUUAAAAAACUAGGGUAAAGCCAAUAGUAAUAUUUUCUUUGAUAGUUUACAGAUUCCUUUUUGCACUUUAUCUGGUUUUACUGCCUGUGCAUCUUCAGAUGUCUUGAUUCUAUUAAACUGUCAGACCAGUAUGCAUACAGACUUCAGUCUUCUUUCUCAAGACUUAUAUCAAGGCUUCUGUCAUUUGAGAAGCUGGUAAGCUGUAACUUCCUAUUAAAAUUUCUCUACCUUUAACAUUUUUUUUUUUUUGGAUGGGUCAGUGGCCUUGGCCAGCUUAUACAUUUUUUUACCACUAGCCUGUGUUUUACUUCAGCAUAAUGUUACAAAUAUAUAUGUAGUUUUUACAGAUUAAGUUGUGCAAGUUCUGUUUGCCUAGGGAGAAUUGGAUACCUAUUUCUUAGAAUUACUAGUGUCCUUUUGGUUUCUCUUUUACCUGAUACCAUUCUCUAGCAAGACUAAAUUGUGCAGUAGUAAAAAUUCCGAAGUCAUGGGUUUUUCAGUAACUAGCAAUGCCAUUUCAAUUGGUUUUAGCACAUAGCUAAACAUGGGCUUUACUGCUUUCUGAAACUCACUCCCAGAAGCUGAAUGACUCAUGUAUUCUUUGUUAACUGAAAAGAUUUGAUCAAUUCAGUGUAAAUUAAUUUAUCUCCAUUGUACUGGGUGAAGACUGGUACGAUUUGGUUAGCUCCUGUAGUGUGGUUUGGCAAAUCAUUACCUAAGACAUUUUGAUUUCCAGUUUCAUACCCAGACCAUAAGAUCAUACCUCUUUCUUUAUGUACACUAGAGAAGCAACUAAAGCAAACUAUUAAGCUUUUUGGCAUUUACUAUCGAGGUUUCAAAUGCAUAAAGGGUUGUAGACCAUUUGAGAGUUUCUUAAAUUUUUAAGGAGUUUGGUCAUUUUCCUGAUAUGGAACGUCUCAAAUACGUAUGUUGCAUGUUAUUUUGUGCACUGAGCUUAUUUAGUGAGUCAGUUGCAAAAGCUCUUCUUGAUGAGUCUUUCAUGUGUAGCAUAUAUAGUACUUCAGGGACAGUAGAAAACCAGACUGGAUUAAACAAGAUUUACAAAUCUAUUCUAUAUUAUUUUGAAAUGGUUUCCUGAGAGAAAGGGAAUCUCAUUUUCUGUCAUUGUAAGUGUAUGUGGAGGUAAGUUUUUACUUUUAUAAAAAAGAAUAAAACUGAAGUAUCUUUAAAAUAUUAAAAUAUCAUGUAUUUUAAAUUAUAGUUUUCAGAAUUGAGCUAUUCUCAGUUAAAAUACCCAUUCUAUGUCAGUUCAGCAGGAAGUCUUGAAAGAUGCAGAGGCUCUCUCCUUGUACUAUGUGGUAGAUCUGACAAGUAUCAACAAGAAAAGGCUUAUGCAUGUGCAGCGUAAGAAAACAUAAUUAGUAUCUCUCUGCAGAUCUAAAUGUUGUACAGUUUUGCUGGAUGGAUUUUAUGUCCUCAGCCAGAUACUUACUUUAAAAUGCUUCACUUUUCUGGAAGGAGAAUAGUAAGGUACUUCAGUACAACCUAUAUUACAGUCUUGGCCAUCAGAGUCUAGCAAGGGCAUUAUCCAACAUGCAUAUACAUCAGUUGUGUAUCCUUUCUGUGAGAACUGGGUUGAAUAGCGUACAUAAUCAUGUGAUCUCAAAUUGCACGUGACUGCAAAAUAACUGAGGCACGCAGUUGUUGCGGUCAUCUUUUCUUGCAAGAUCAGAUGCAGACUCUCCCAACUGUUUCCUCCCUGCUAUAAAAGCUACUGUCACUAGCAGCAUAAGAAAAGCCGUUUGUAGGGUCAGUGGUUGCCAGUUGCACUCGGGUAUGAACUCAUGUAUUUUCUUGAAUAUUAAUGCCUGAUGCCUUCUUGGUUAACUGUUUGGUUGGAGCAGCAGGCAGUUUAAAAACGUAAAAGAAUUUAAAAAGCAAAUAACAACUGGGUAAGUUGCAGCUCUCUUCUGAUCUGUGCUUAUCUUCUUGCCAAAUGAAGCUGUAGGAAGCUAGAUGAUUUCUGUAUUUCAGGAGCUGUAAAAAGCAGUUUAUGCAGUGCAUUUUUAUCAUACUUGAAUUUGUUACUAACUUAUAUUGGACAAAUCAACAAGUCCAAUGUAGGGAAGGACUGCAGUUUUUUUGCUUGGUUUGAUGUGCUUCAGGAGAAUUACAAAUCUGAUCAGCUUGAUACUGUUCAGACAUCAGAGAACAUGAAAACUGAUGUCAGUCUGAUUCUGUGAAAGCAAAUGCUUUUGCCUACCCAUCAAUCAGUCACUUAUUUUGAAGGGUAGGAGGAUAUCUUGUGUUCAGACAAGGAGACAAUAUUUUUAAAGGUUGUUCUUUUGGAAGGAUGUUGCAGCUGUCUGUUAACUGGUGGUUUGUUUGCAUUUAUUGUAAAAAGAGAUGGGCAAGCCUGCGAGCCCCUGGGGCACAAAAGUCAUUGAAACGCAUACUGUGGUGCAUGUUCUACCCUCCAAGGGAACUGAAGCAGACACAGAAGAACAAAAUGCAGGGAAACAAAGUCAAGACUCCUGAGAAUUGUUGAAGAAUGCAUAUCAGUGUCUAAAAAGUUAGUGAAGUGUAUAUAGCUAUCAGAAUCAGACAAUGUGACUGCAAGGAAAAAGAAAUCUCUAAAGAAAAAUUGGUUUAACAAAUUCCAAGCUAGAUUUCUUGUGGAUAUUGUAUUAUAAAUAAUUCUUUGAACAGCAUGUUAGUAAAGCCUUGAUUCUUGUGGACUUUCUUGUUUCUGAACAAUAGCACACAUGAAGCCUUUCUUGCAGAAGAGACAUUCAUGAUGGUGUUCUCCCAGGUGGGUUCCCCAGUGCCUGAUAUUGAUUGUGCUGCCUGCAUAAGUUGUUAAUAUAUCAGUAGCAUUUUUCUUUGCUGCCUGUUUUUGUCGAAGUUGUAGGAACUUUGUUUCUUUCAGGCUAUUAACCUCUCAUUUUAAUGGAAUUGAUUGGAAUUCAGAAGUUCUAGAAGAAUUUUGUAGUAUAAAUAUGUGUGCUUCUGUAUAGACAACACAUCUGCAUAAUCAUAGUUUCCUUUGAAAAUCAGGCUAAAAUGAAAGCUGUUGCAACAGGACUGACAACUUGAAGAGUCAAGUUUUUAUGAUUUAAAGCUGAGGUUUGAUAGGUCUUUUUGAAUCCCUUGGUGUAAUGUGUGAAGAAAACAAAAAAUGGGUUAAGAAGGGAUACAUAGGAAUAGGAGCAAAAAUGCCAACCCUAAUGUCAGCCCUGUUUGCACAGUUGUUUUUGCAUGGAUGCAUCGCCACCAAAGCACUUGUUCCAGUCCUGGAGGCUUGCUCGAUCUGCAGAAGGAUGUGCUAAACCACGACUGAAUGAAUGUCUUGGGUGGUCAUUUGCCAGUCUCUGGAAGAGAUGGCACUGGCUCUUGUUGGGUGGGUUUGUAGGCAAACAGCAUGCGUUUGCUUUUUCUGCUCUUUUCAUAUGAUUCAUGAAUAUGAAUAUAUGUUUUGUAUGCAUUGUAUGCCUGCAUUUUCUGUGGUACGAGAAGGAUGGUUUGGUAUCUGAGGAGCACUUCUCUCUCUUUACCCUUUGUGUGGCAAGUGUAAACUGUAACCAAAGGGUAACAUGAGACCAAGAUAAUUUUUACUACUAUACGUAACAUCACGUCUUGCUAUAUAUGUAUGCUACUACUAUGGCAGAGUAGUGAUGCCUGUGGAAACAAGGACAUCAGAGUGCUAACAGACUAAAUUACUAAAUUCUGCAAGAAAUCAAUCUUUGUAUAGUUUUGGUUUUUAGAAUUAUUACUGACUGCCAUUAUGACCAAGGUCUGUAGAUAAAAUCAUCUCUGUCUGGUACAGGGAGGAGCAGGAAUAAAACUCCCUUCUAUUCUGUAUUAAUUUUUCAAGGCAUUAUUUACAGUAUUAAUAUAUACAAUUUAUAUUUAAGGGUUGCUAUUAUCAUCUCUUGAAAAGAAACCUUUAUGAGCAGCACAUACUGUGAAGAAGCCUGCCAUUCAGGAGAAUAGCAUGACUUCAGUGGAAGCCAUGCAGAGUUCCAGAGCAGGGAAAUACUUUAGUGGGGAACAUCAUCAGUACUGGGAAUCCACCAGCUUUUUUUACUUAUUCAGUCUCAUUAAAAUUAUCAUUCUUGUACCCACCCACCCCCUUUGUUAUUUGCUGGUUUUGCUGUUACAGGGAGGAUAAGAUACUAUAAGAACUCAUAGAUAAAAAUCUGUGACAUAAUCAAUUAAAAAAAAUUGAAAGUAGAUUUGAUUGCUUUGUGAACAAGGCUAAUUUUUCUGUUUUGCAGUUCUCUCUCAUUUUCCUAUAAUAAGUCUGUUUGCCUCUUAUUUCUGUGUGAAUGACCCCAAAACCCACCAAGAUCAGUACAAAUUAUAAGUACUGUAAUGAGCCUAAAGAAACUUCAUGGUGGAAAAUAUUUUGUUUACAUUUUUUCUUUUAAAAAUAGUUCAAUAAACCCUACAUGUGGAUGAUUUAAAACCUAGUGUCCCUUGAUUUGUUCAGCUUUAUCUGUGAAAAUACAGACAUAAUCAUGUUAUAGUUCAUUUGAAAUAAGAUGAUGAAAUGUUGCACACGCUGUAUUUCUGCCAGAGUCUGAGACUGAAAUUGCUUGUAUUAUGAAAUAGUGCAAUUGCUGGAAUCAACUUUCAUAUAUCUUAUAGUAGUAUUAAGCAUUAUCAUCCUGUCUCUUUGUGCAUAACACAUGCAACACUGGCAGCACUCUGUUCUGGUUUUAUAUUUUAAAUGUAUACUUAAUUUUGUGUCAUCUUAUGCAAGAGUUAUGAUUGUUUAUGUGCUUAAUUAUAGACAUAAAUGGAACUUUAAAUGUAAAUAUGCUAAUAGCAUUUUGCAGUUAUUCUGUGCCAUUUUCAUAUAUUGGCUUUUAUAUCAAUAUUAGUGUUUUCUAACCUCAAAGUAUUAACUUGCAGUGAAGAGAACUCUUCAGAGUGACGGAAGAAUUUCUAAAAGACAAUUUAAGAAAUUCUUUGGAUGCUAAAGAUGAAUCCAUUAAUGUUUUCAGUUAAUUAUGCAUUCAGGUGCUUGAAUUUUGUAUUAAUAAGGUAACAACCUUCUGAUUUUCUUUGUGUUUCUCAAUGUAAUACAAGUAAUCCAUUUGUAUCCUGCAUUAGAACACAGCUGAUCAUGGAGUUGGGGUCAAUUCUUUAUUAGUAUUUCCCAUUAUAAAUAUCUAUGAUUCAUUGUA